UCAAACACUUUGACGAUUAAGAAAUAUCAAAGUUAUCUCCCUUAUUUCGUCGAACUUACGAAUCACAAAAAAUGGGAAAAGAAAAAAAGAAAAAGCACCAAAGAGACAGAUCAUCUGACAGUAGAUACAGACACAAAAAAUCAAAGAAGCAUAAGAGGGCAGACUCUGAGUCUGAAGAUUCUGAUGGUUCUGAUUCAGCUGAUUCAAGGUCAAGGUCACCUAAACAAAAAGAGAGGUCAAGGUCAAGAUCACCAAAACAAAAAGAGAGAUAUAGGUCAAGGUCAAGAUCGCCAAAACAAAAAGAGAGAUAUAGGUCAAGGUCAAGAUCACCAAAACGAAAUGAAAGAUAUGAAUCAAGGUCACCCAGAAGACAUGAAGAAAAAUCUAAAUCUCAUAAAAAGCAAUACAGGGAUUCAUCUGCUAGCUCUGAUGCUGGUAGUUCAGAUGAUGAAAGAUUUAAACAAAGGGAGAAGAAGAAGUUUCAGAACAUUGAAUUAUCAAAAGAAGAAAGAAGGAGGCAGAAAGAAUUGAUGAAGACUUAUGAAACACCAGAAGAGAAAAGGGCAAGGAGAAUGGCAAAGAAAGAUGCUAAGGAAAGAAAGAGGAAGGAACAAAUGGGAUGGGAUAAAGACUAUUUGGGUUAUACAAACAGUGACAAUCCAUUUGGAGAUGAAACGCUGCUGGAAACAUUCACAUGGAAGAAGAAAAAUGAAAAGGAAGGGGUCAAAGUCCAGUCACAAGAUGAAAUGCAUAGAAUUCAAAAACAAAAAAUGGAUGAAAGCAGGAGAGAACUUGAGAAAGUUAAAAAGAGAAGACUGGAAAGAGAGAGAGAACUUGAUGAGAGGGAAAGAGAAAGGGAACAGUUACAGCGAGACAAAGAAGCUGAGUAUUACAGAGAGUGGGAGAAACAAGAAGACCAUUUCCAUCUGAAUCAAGCUAAAUUGAGGUCCCAGAUCAGAAUCCAGGAUGGAAGAGCCAAGCCUAUAGAUUUACUAGCAAAGUACAUUAGUGCUGAAGAUGAUGUUUCAGCCAUAGAAAUGCAUGAACCUUAUACAUAUCUUUAUGGUCUUACCAUUACUGACAUGGAAGAUUUGUUAGAAGAUAUUAAAGUUUAUUUAGAAUUAGAGGAAGGCAAGAAUGCUGAUUAUUGGAGAGAUAUCAUCACUGUGACAAAUGAUGAACUCUCUAAACUCAGGAAAUUAGACAACACUCAAAAAGAUUAUAGAGAUAGAAGAGAAGGUAUAAAUGAGUCGGUGAACUCAGAAGUGGGUUCUAUCUUUAAAGGAAAGACAACCAACCAACUACAGUUACUGGAAACUCAGAUAAAUCAGAAAUUGAAUAGUGGAGAAGGAGUAGAUAUAGGAUAUUGGGAGUCUCUAAUACAACAACUGAAAGCUCAUAUGGCAAGAACAAGACUGAGAGAACGUCACCAGGAAGUCCUUAGACAGAAACUGUUCAAACUAAAACAGGAGCAAGGUAUAGAGUCUGCUCCAUUAUUUCCUGCUGGUGACAAAUCUGAUUCUCCUGUUAUAAAACAAGAAAAGACUGAUAUGCCUCCUCCUGCAGUGCCAACUGUCAGUAGAGGUGAAGAACCGGGAACCAGUGGAGAACAUAGUCACCCAGCUGAGGAGGAAGAGGAAGAAGGUGAAGCCUUGAUUACAGAGGAUGAUUUAGAGGAACAAGCCUAUGUUGACUAUGAGGCUGGUUUAUAUUCUCCUAAGUUGUUAACACCAAACGAGUUAGAGAUUGAUUCAGUGGUGUAUGAAGUAGCAGACGACAUGAAAAAGUUAGAGUUAGCUAGAGAACAAGUCAAAACUUCUGGACAAGUCAGACUUGAUGCUGAUUCUGAGUUUGAGAAGAAGGCUAGGGAAGGUAUGAAUGAUGAUGAAGCACAGUUCAGUGUAGAAGUACCUCUCACAAGUCAAGCUUUCCUGUGGUCAGAUAAAUACAGGCCUAGAAAACCAAGGUUCUUCAACAGAGUUCAUACGGGUUUUGAGUGGAAUAAAUAUAACCAAACCCAUUAUGAUAUAGAUAAUCCUCCUCCUAAAAUUGUACAGGGUUAUAAAUUUAAUAUUUUUUAUCCAGAUUUAAUUGAUAAAACAAAGCCUCCAGAAUAUACUCUUACUCCAUGUGACGAUAACAAAGACUUUGCCAUACUAAGAUAUCGUGCAGGUCCACCUUAUGAAGAUAUAGCAUUCAAGGUUGUUAACAGAGAGUGGGAAUAUUCAUACAAACGGGGAUUUAGAUGUCAGUUUCAAAACAAUAUAUUUCAAAUGUGGUUCCACUUUAAACGAUAUCGUUACAGACGGUGACCAACAUGGAGAUCUUCACAAAUGUGCUCAUUUAUUGUACUUCAGAUUAUACAAAUGUACAAGUGUUUGGCCAUUCUAGAACACUAUGCCCUUUAUAUGUUACAGCAAACAAAGGUGAUGUGCAGGUAGAAAUGUUAAGCCUGAAAAGUGAAUAUCCCAUGCAUAUAGUGUUGUUAGACAUGAUCUUUUAUGUUAUAUGUCUUGAAAAUUGGCAGCUUGUUGCAAUAUUAACAAAGAGACAAGAGCAGACUAUACUGUUCUGUUUUCAAAUAUACUGACAUACUUCUUUAUUCAAGUAUGAUUUCAAGGUUAAAGAUGUUGAUUUUAUUGUAUUCAAUAGGAUAUGAUUAUUAAGGCGAUAUGGUUUUCUAUGUAUUUAUGAUUGAUUUAUUCUUUUUCAUAAAAUGUGACUAUGUGUUUUAAUGAGCUGCAUACCUGUCAUUAAAAUGUGCAUUAGUGAACUUCUAAUUAAACUAUUGCCAUCUGACAAACUAUUUUUGUUCAUCUUUAAUAGGGUAAUAAAUAAAACCCUUAGAUAAAAAUUCUGGAGUCAAUUUCACAAAAUUAAUUAAGACUAAGAUUUAUGGUAAUAUACUGAAUUGUUCAAAACCUAUGGUUUAAUCAUAUAUAUAUGGCUUAAUCGUAAGUUUAUAUGAAACUGACUCCUGAAGUUCACUGUGUUCAUAAGUAUGAUUUCUCUCAGUUUUCUGUAUUAUGAUUUUCUUGCUUUAUAGUAUUUCUCAGAAAAUCACUAUUAUGCAAAUAAGUGUAUGUUGUUGAAAAUUUUAGUGAGGUCUGAUGAAGAAUGUGGCAGUCAAAUCUUUUCAUUCAUUUCAUCACAUAAAUUCAAUAUUGAUUUUAAAUAUGUCAAUAAAACUGUUUUAUAUUACUAAA